AAGCAUCACAGACUCAACUACACCCCACUACACCACCGCACAUUACACCACACACACACACAUCAGCGCAGCAAAAUGUCCCUCCCAACCUUCGGCCUCCGCCGCAUCGCCCUCACCCACACCCGCCUCGCCCAGCGAUCACCCACCACCCCAGCCGCCCCAGCAAUUAGAUCCCUCGCAAGCAAAGCCUCCCCCGGCCAUACCUCCAACGUCGCCAACCCGCAGUCCAGCAGCCCGGAAUCGCAGUCCAUCAACGUCGCCCGCGGCAAGGAGGCGCGUCAUGCCGACACCCCCGACACGGCGUCGGUGCAGUCGCCCAUCUCAUCGCAGUUCGGCCCGACGAGCGAGGCCCACGAGGGAGAGGAGCAGACGUCCGCGGACGCGCAGAUCAAAAACCACCCGGGGGAGUCUGAAGCGACUAAGCGACGGAAUGUGGAGAGGGCGGGGGAGAGGCCUCUUGGGGCGGAGGAUCGGCAGUGAUUUCCCUCUUUGUUCUGUAUAUAUGGGAAAGUAGGAAAGGGGGCUGGUUGUAUGAUGGUU